GGUCCACCCCGCUUAGUGGUCAGAGUUCAGAGAGUCCCGUAGCGUAGCACUACCUUUCACACCGCCCGUCGUCGACGGCGCGCACACACACACACACAGAUCGACCGAUGGGCCUGGAUAAGAAGAGCGUGGCCAUAGUUGGCGCCGGCGUGAGUGGGCUGGCGGCGUGCAAGCACCUGCUGGAGCGCGGCUGCCGGCCGGUAGUCUUCGAGGCGGGCGACGCCGUCGGCGGCGUGUGGCCGAACGCCAUGGAGGGGACCAGGCUCCAGGCGCCGCGGCACAUGUACCGGUACUCCGACUUCCCCUGGCCGGACUCGGUGACGGAGAUGUUCCCCAACCAGCGGCAGGUCGCCGACUACCUCCACGCCUACGCGCGCCGCUUCGGCGUGCUCGACUGCGUCAGGCUCGGCCAACGCGUGACCAGCAUGGACUACGUCGGCGUCGCAGAGGAGGAGGUGGUGGCGUGGGAGCAGUGGGCCGGCUGCGGCGAGGCGUUCGGUUCCGGCGACGGGGAGUGGCGCCUCACGGUGGCCGACGCCGAGGGGCACACAGAGGUACACAUGGUAGACUUUGUGAUUCUUUGUACGGGAAGGUUUAGCAAUUAUCCCAGCAUACCCAAAUUCCCUCCCGGUAGAGGCCCAGAAGCAUUUGAUGGGAAAGUGAUCCACUCCAUGGACUACUCCAAAAUGGGUAGCGAGAAAGCUAAGGAGAUGAUCAAGGACAAGUGUGUGACUGUUGUUGGCUAUGGAAAUUCAGCCCUUGACAUUGCUAAUGAAUGUGCAAAAAUAAAUGGUACGGAGAAACCAUGCACAAUGGUAGUCCGAACCAAGCAAUGGAUCAUACCGAACUUCUAUGCUUGGGGUAUUAACAUAUCAAAUUUUUAUCUAACUCGUUUUGCUGAACUCCUUAUUCACAAGCCCGGUGAAGGUUUCCUUCUUAGCAUAUUAGCUACCGUCUUGACUCCAUUGACUAAUUUCAGACAUGUGUGUUGUUCCUUUGUGUGUGAGAAGAGGUUGAUGAUUUCAAAGUUUGCUGAGAGCUACUACUCCAUUCCAAUGAAGAAGCAUGAGAUGGUGCCUGACCAUAGCUUUUUUGAGGGGAUGGUGGGAUGUAUGCUUUCCACUACACCCAAGGAUCAUUACAAGAAUUUAGAGGAAGGCAUCAUAGUUAUUAAAAAGUCAAAGACCUUUGGCUUUUGCAAAGAAGGCGUGCUUGUUGAAGGUGAAUCUACGUUGGUAAAGAGUGACAUAGUUAUAUUCGGAACAGGAUUCAAUGGUGAUGAAAACAUCAAGGACAUGUUCAUAUCAAAGUACUUUCAUACUAUUGUCGUUGGCUCAACAUCCACGACAACACCACUUUAUAGGGAGUGCAUACAUCCUAAGAUUCCACAACUUGCGGUCAUCGGAUAUUCUGACAACUACGCGAAUGUCUACACAUCGGAACUGCGGUCUAAGUGGCUAGCAUAUUUCAUGGAUGGUGGAUUUAGAUUACCAACUGUUAAAGCAAUGCAGAGGGAUGUCCUUGAAUGUGAAAAGGUCAUGAAGCGUUACUCUCGUGAAGAAUCCCGUACACCGUGCAUUGGACUUCUUCCUACUUGGUACAAUGAUAGAUUAUGUGAAGACAUGGGAUGCAACCCAAGAAGGAAGAAUGGAUUUUUUGCCGAAUUAUUUGAGUCCUACGGUCCCGAUGAUUAUAAUGAUCUUCACCCUAAGUAAGAGUAGAUCUUUAGCCAUUUUUUCAAUGGGGCUUAAUUACUAGUAACUGCUUGCUCAACUCUGUGUAUGAUUUUUGUCUAUACUAUACUUCCUGUUGCCAUAUAGUAUGUCAUAACAUGUUCAAUAAAACCACUUGUAGUUUUCCCCAUGGUUGUAUAAUAUAGAUGGACAGAUAUGCUAACUCUGGGAUCCUAUCAUAAUUAGAAUGUAUUUUCCUA